AGUGACUCGCUGCAACUUCCCCUCGUGCGGGCCAGGGAGAUGGGGGAGCUUUGGGGAUGGGGACCUCUGUGACGGGUGGCGGAGAGUGAGCCGAGGACGGGAGGCGGUGGCGGGGCUGGUGAGAGGGGCUACCCGCGUGCUGUGGGGGGGUGGCGCUCUCCGGGAUGACUUGGGGGCGCUGGCCCGAGUCCCGACGCGCCCCCGCCGCCUGCUUUUUGAACUUAAUCUCCCGGGUCCUUGGUUCGACGUGACCAGCCCAGGGGCGAGGAGGAGCUUCCGGAACCGGUGGACCUUCUCUCCAGGAAGGAGACAUGCCUUCGGCGUGGCGGGGACUCGGGAACCGAAGCAGGAAAACUGCGGGAGGGACGGGGAUGGGCGGAGGAGACGCGCCCCGAGCCCGGGGCGGGGGGUGCUGCUGGUCCGCCCCCUGCGGAUGUCACUAGGCUUGGAAGAGCCAAGGUCCAGCCGCUGUCGUGGUGGUGUCCCGGCAGGCAGGCGUUACAAUCCGUGCUCAAGGAGAGGCUGUCCUCCUCUCCUGAGGAACCUUCGCCCUCCCCCCGGAGGGAGAAGGGCGCUUGUAGACUUCGGCGGCGGCUGGGCCGACCCUGGGCUUGGCCUGGUGCUGGCAGGCUCCGGGGGCACCCGUCUAACUGAAUGCCGGCCUGUUUUCUUUGAUGUGAGGAUUGGAGACAAAGAUGUUGGCAGAAUUGUGAUUGGCCUCUUUGGAAAAGUUGUGCCCAAGACUGUGGAAAAUUUUGUCGCUCUGGCAACAGGAGAGAAAGGAUAUGGAUAUAAAGGAAGCAAAUUUCAUCGCGUCAUCAAAGAUUUCAUGAUUCAAGGAGGAGACUUCACCAAUGGAGAUGGCACUGGCGGUAUAAGCAUCUAUGGUGAGACAUUUCCAGAUGAGAACUUCAAACUGAAGCAUUAUGGCAUUGGGUGGGUCAGCAUGGCCAAUGCUGGGCCUGACACCAAUGGCUCUCAGUUCUUUAUCACCUUGACCAAGCCCUCCUGGUUAGAUGGCAAGCAUGUGGUAUUUGGAAAAGUCAUCGAUGGAAUGACAGUGGUCCACUCCAUAGAACUUCAGGCAACUGAUGGGCACGAUCGUCCACUCACCGACUGUUCCAUCAUCAACAGUGGCAAGAUCGACGUGAAAACACCCUUUGUGGUUGAGGUCGCUGAUUGGUGAUGCAACUGGCAGAAAACAAGGAACGUACUCUAUCAAGGGUUGUGUGCGUGCGUGUGUGCGUGUCUUUUGAGUCUUCAGAGUUACUGUUUUGCUUUGUCUUUUUACCUUCUUCUGUUUUCCAUUCCAUAUCAUAGGAAAGUUAUAAAAGCAAGCGCUGAGUUUGCUUUGCAUGAAUUGCGGUAAGUCACUUGUUUAGGGACUUGGCACAAAAAGACAUACCCCUUUCCUUCAAUGGUGCUAUUUUUAUACUAGAAGACUUUGUAUUUGCUAUUUUCUUUUGAAGAACACAGUCAAUUAUUUUGCUGAAUUAACUACGAUCCCCAAGUUAAGUGAUGCUGAAGAUUUGUCAGAAAAAGCUGGGGAAUGAAGUUUAUUAUUUUAUAUUUAAACCGAAAUUCUUUUCAGGUAAAGGGAGAUUUGAUUAUAAUCUGACAUAUGUCAUAGGCACCUUUACCUGAUGAAAGGUGCUUUGGUGUUCUCUGUAUUAAAUACUUUUUAUGUAAUCAA